AUGACAACUACUCCUCCAUCAUUUCCUUUCCCUGAUCUUUCCUUACAGAUCAGCCCUCCCUCACUUCAUCAAGAUUAUGAAGCCAUGGAAACAGGAUACGACAUCGACAUCAGUUUAAAAAGAAAGGCUGGUCAGACUAGUGAUCAUGGGAGCUCAACUACUACUGAGUCUGCUAGCAGUGGGAGUGACAUCAGCCAUGAAAAUGGGUUUGGUCCUAAAGAAUUACCCAAGUUGAGCUUAGGGUUUGAACUGCCUGCAAGAUCAAGAAAUCUCAUGAGUCAGCACCACAGACCUCAAAUCUACGGUCGUGAUCAGUUCAAGAGAAGUAGUAAUGGGAGAAUGAUUAACGGAGUGAUGAAGAGAAGUGUUAGGGCUCCAAGGAUGAGAUGGACUACAACUCUACACGCUCAUUUUGUUCAUGCCGUUCAGCUCCUUGGCGGUCAUGAAAGAGCUACGCCAAAAUCUGUAUUAGAGUUGAUGAAUGUCAAGGAUCUAACCCUGGCUCACGUGAAGAGUCACUUACAGAUGUACAGAACAGUGAAGAGCACUGACAAAGGAUCAGGUCAAGGACAGGCAGAUAUAGGUUUGAACCAAAGAGCUUCAGGGCGUAUUAAUGCUCAUGAUGAUGAUGUGGAUGGAUUAGCUUCUGGAACAGCUGACCAUAACAACUCAUCUUAUGCUCCUCUCAACCCAUCACAAACAAACCUUACAAAGCCCAUCCAGAUACAUUCUUGGUCAUUGUCAACACAGACAAAUAAUGACAAUACUUCAAGUCUUGAUCAGAAUGCUUUGACGUAUUCUCAAUUUAAGGAGGAGGGGGAGAAGGCAGAAGAAGAACUCCAAGUGUCUCAUAGUGUGAAGGAGAGAUUGGAUUCUACUUCUUUGGCAGCUUCAGAAAUGUUUCUCAAUUUAGAGUUCACCCUCGGAAGGCCAAGCUGGAAAAUGGACUAUGUUGAAUCUUCAAACGAGUUGACCCUUCUAGACUGUUAAAUUUAACUAUAAAACACACAUUAAUUUAUAUGAUGAUGCUGCAUGUCCUUUUCUUUCUUUCAUUUUCUUUGGUACGUGGAGAAAAAUCU